AUGGCCGCUCGGUGGUCGGAGCAGACGGGGCAGCUGCCGCUGCCCGCCUACUGGACCUUGCAGGUUGCACGCUUUGUGAGCAACCUGCAGGCUAUGGGCGGCGAGCGGGUCGCCCGUCUUGCCAUGCUGGAUAGCGUUGCGCUGGCUGCCGACACGGACACAGGGCUGCCACUGGCCCGGCAGCCCUGGGCAGCGCAGGUUAGCCGCGUUCUCGCGGCGGCCGGCGCCCCCUGCGACUUGACUGCUGACGAGGGGGUUGCCAUACCUGAAUUGGCGGAAGCGCUCCUGGAGCGCCAUGUUGCCUCGUACACGCAUGCAUCCGUGAAGGUGCAGCGGUACAUUGAGGACGUGUGGGGGGGCAGCAUCUCUGCGGAGGCCUACACGCCUGCGUCGUUCCUGUGCGAUGUGCCCGAGCGCCGGCGCCGGGUGCGCCUGGCGCAGUGGCGCACGGGGUCGCACUGGAUGGCUGAGGAGACAGGCCGGUGGCAGCGGCUGGACCGCACCCAGCGCCCAUGCCCCCACUGCCAGGCCCCUCUAGAGGACCCCGAGCCCGUCGCCCUGCGCGAGGACCAGGUCCAGAACGCGGUGGCCUUCCUUAGCCACCCCAAGGUGCGGGCCAGCGCCGUCUCCUCCAAGCGCGAGUUCCUGCAGCGCAAGGGCCUGACCGAGGCGGAGAUCGAGGAGGCCUUCCGCCGCGUGCCCGAAGCAGCGGCAGCCGCGCCCGCACCAGCCGCCGCGCCCGCGCCACCGGCGGUCCUCCACUCCACGCUGCAGCACCUGCAGCCCGCGCCGCCUGCGCCGCAGCAGGCAGCGAAUGGCCAGGCGGCGCCGCAGGCGGGAGCCGUGGUGCCGCACCAGGCGGCCACACCGGAGCAGCAGGGCGUGCGCUGGACGCAGGUGGUGCUGGGCGCCGGCUUCCUGGGCGCCAGCGCGUAUGCGGCCAAGGCGCUGCUGUGGCCUUACCUGGAGGAUGCCUACCUGUCGCUGCGCGGAGAGGCGCGGCCGCCGCCGCGCCCGGCACGCGUCAACGGCGCCGAGGGUGGGGAGCUGGCGCCCGAGGCGACCCGCGCGGUGGCAGAGGCGAUCCAGGCCCAGACCGCCGAGCUGCGCAGCAGCAUCGACAGCAUCAAGCAGCUGGCGGGCAGCCUGGAGGCCAGCCAGCGCGCCGCGGCCGAGGCGGCGCCUGGCGGCGACGGCGGCCUGACGGCGGCUGAUCUGCGCCAGGAGCUGCGCAGCUUUGCAGAGUCGCUGCACGGGGCGGCGCCCCAGCCGGCGGCGGCCGACGGCGGCGGCGGCGGCGGCGUGCCCAGCAGGGUGGAAAGCGAGCUGGGCGAGAUCAAGGCGCUGCUGGCGGAGAUCCUGCGCAGCCCCUCGGGAAGCCGCUCCCCAGGCAAGGAGGCGGGCGCAGGCGUGCCGGUCACCCCGCUCUCUGUCACCUCCGCCCCGCCCAACCAGCUGCGCGGCUAUGCGGCGCCCGAUGCCGCCAGCCUGGCAGCCGAGGACACAAAGGAUGGCGACGCAGCGGCCCCCCCGCCGCCCGCCACCCACGGCGCCGCCGCCGAGCCCGCCGCCAGCCACCAGCAGCAGCAGGCGCUGGGCGGCGGCGAGGGCGGAGAGGCAGGUGGCGCGGGCCUGGAGCGUUCUCCUUCCUCUGGUGUGGAGCCGCCUCCCCACCCAGCCAGCUACCUGCAAGUUCUGGAGAUGCUGGAGCGGGGGCAGACGCCGCCGGGCAUACGGACCGACAUCAACGACAAGCCGCCCGACCCGCUGGCCGCACCCCCCGAGCCCAGGCUCAAGCCGCGCCCCAAGCCCUGGGAGCAGCGCGGCGCCGGCGCAGGAGCAACUGGCGCGGGCGGCAGCACCGGCAGCCCGGCAGCCCUGGGCGCCCCCGCGGCUGCCCCUCCUGCACCUGCCGCAGAGGCGGCGGUGGCCACACCCGCCUCCGCCUCGCCCGCCACCCCGCCGCGGACUGCGGCGGCAGCUGGCGGCGACGGCCUGCCGCUGUCCCCGGUGAGGGUGCCUUCACCGGUCGAGGGCAGCACGGCCGCGCAGGCGGCCGCCGCCCCAGCGGCGGCGCCCCAGCAGGCGCAGCAGGCAGAGGCGGGGCCUGGGGAGCAGUGCGCGCCUGCGCAGCAGCGCGCGGGCAGCUUCAAGAGCCCCCGCCCCGCCGCAUCCAUCUACGAAGCAGGCAGGGCGCUGCCGGCGCGCUGGCUGCUCUUUAGGGUUCGCAUUCUGUUGGAUGCAUUCGAUGGCUGGGUUGUGGUGGAUUCCAACCGAGAGAUGUGCUGCCUUGCGGCACCUGACCCAUGUUUCCUGCUGGCUGCUGCCCCCCUGUCCUGUGCAGUGGCCCCCGCCCCAGACUCUCCCCACGUCAUCGCCGGCCGCCUGUCGCCCGCCCGCGGCGACAGCGCCGGGCGCAGCGGCAGCAGCGGCGCGGCGCCGCAGCAGGCGCAGCAGGCGGCGGCGCCGGCCUCCAGCUUCAGCGCGCUGCUGGCGGCGGCGCAGGAGCGGGCCAGCAGCGGCGGCGGCGCCGGGCCGUCCCUUGCCGGCGGCGGCGGCGGCGGCGACCCAGUGCUGGAGGGCAGCGGCAUCGGCCGCCCCUCAUCUCGCAACUGGCGCCCGCCGCCCAUCCCCGUCUCUUCACUGGGCGGCGGCGGCGGCGGCGGCGGCAGCGGCGCUGCGACGCCGCCAGCGCCGGGCUUUGCGUCGGCGUGA